GUUCCUAAACUGGCUGCGGGGUCGAAACAGCAAAAUGUUGAACGCCUGACAUUUUUUCAACGUGGGUGAAGUUCAAAUCAGAAAUCCUUCAACAUGAACAUACAUGGUGGACUUAAAACGGCUGGGAGAUUUGUGUAUUAUCAUUAUGUGUUCCAACGAUUAUUAUAACUCAAAAAGAAAAUAUUUUGUUUCCUCAUUAUCAUCAGGCAGUUUUACGGACUACUAAGUAAGUGUCGUUUGAACGCUUCCAUAACAGCGACAGCUUUAAACGGUCGGCACUGUUAUUGACGCCCCUGUGUUGAUCUCACUCUGCUUGGCUUUGCCCCUAAAAGUGACAAUAUCCGAACAAUUAAGGUGGUGCACAUUUUCAAAAUCGUUGCCUCGAUGACGUUUUGUGCUGGUAUUUAGUGUAGUUCCCCCGCCGCAGCAAUGGUUGCUGAGGUGGAGAGCUUCUAUGGCGUGUACAUGCUCUACUGCCUCAACCCGAAGUUUAAAGGGAGAAUAUACAUUGGCUUCACGGUGAAUCCAGAGCGCAGGAUCGUGCAACACAAUGCUGGACGACACAAAGGAGGAGCAAAGAGGACUAGUGGGAGAGGACCAUGGGAGAUGGUCCUCAUCAUACAUGGUUUUCCAUCCGACAUAGCUGCAUUGAGAUUUGAGUGGGCGUGGCAGAACCCUCACACCUCCAGGCGUCUCUCCCACAUCUCCCGUCGCACCCGGAAAGAGUCCAGCCUGCAGUUCCACUGGCGCGUUGUCUCCAACAUGCUGCGGGUGGAGCCGUGGAACCGGCUCCCGCUGAUGUCCCGCUGGCUUAAGCCCGAGUAUAGGAUGGACUUUGAGGCCAGUCUGCAGCCUCCUCUGCACAUCCCCGUCGUCUUCGGAGGCGUGAGAGCCAAAAAGAAAGGUCUGUUACAACCUGAAGACGAGUUGGAGACUUCUAGAUGUUUUCUUUGCGACAAACCAGUCAAGACAUCCGAGAAGCUAUGCUGCUUCCGCCCGUGUUGCGGGAUGAGCAGCCACGUGAUCUGCCUGGCCAAGCACUUCCUGAAGGCGGAGCCAUCACACCUCCUGCCCGUGAUGGGGAAGUGCCCGUCCUGCUGGCGCUCCAUGCUGUGGGGCACUCUCAUCCGCCUCAAACAAGGCUGCAUAGGAGACCUGGAGGAGUUCACUUCAUCUGCAUCCCAAGUAAGAAUCACUGGGCAGAACAACUAUGAAAGAAAUUAACUGAAAUGACUGCUGUCCCCAAUUUAUGCAGAAUGCAUUGUACAUAAAUAUGUAUAUCAAAUGCCAUUAUAUAUUUUUUAUACUUGUGAUCAUGAAAUAUCUUUUAAAACCAUGGUUGUUGUACAUAAUAAAGGGGAAAUUUUUAUUGAUUUUUUCCCGCUACAUUUACAACACUUCCUUGUGGUGCUUUGCUCCAAAUUUUGCAUUGAUGAUGUUUUUUAUAAAGAACAUUUUGGCCGUCUAUAGAAAGCGUCGUUUUGUGGGCGGUUUUAAUUACUUCUCGAAAUCCACUUCCAGGCCAAGCCCCCUUUGACUGCGUCUCCACCCUGUCAGCCAUGUUGUAGUUAUUAGCGCUUCCAUAUUGAAUCUACUGACAUAUAAAGUAGGUCUAUGGUGAACAGUAGUUUGAAUUAGAAAUAGAAACUACGGAGGAUUUUAGCAUGCAUGCUCAAUUGCACACAUCAAGAAGACUGGGGUAAAAUAAGAAAUUUGACUACAACUGAAUAAAAAUGGCAAAUUUGUGCAAAGCUCUUCGGGUCUACCAUACAUGAAGAUAACCACUGACGUAAGUAAGGCAAAAUACGUCACUACAGUGUGAAAGUCCGAACUACUUCUUUGGAGCAAGUUCGGAAAAAGACAUGAUUGUUUUACAAAUAUGUCUGGUCUGAAUUCACAUUUUCAGUACUUAUGGGGAUCCCAAAUGCCCCAACACCAGUAACAAUCGGUUAAAAACAUUUUUUUAAUGCAUAAUAGGGCCCCUUUAAUUGUGUUUUAAUGCACUUUAAAAUGUGUUGUAUUUGAUGUCAACUGAGCAUAUGGAGCUUUAAAGUUACAAUAUGUAUGAAUUAGAGAAGAAAACUAAACAAGACAAUUUCAGUAUGUAUGUAUAAAUGCCAUUGAACUGAUACUGAAUUCAAAUGCUGUACAAAAAAUUGGGAAUUGCGGGGAAAAUUGCCUGAAUGUUUUGAUGCUGAAUUGGUUCAGAAGUCGGGGUGGAAAAAUGCUUUUUUUUUCAAUGGGAUUUUUUGGGCUGGAAAAUUCUGAGGAAUAUAGAAGAAAGAAGUGUGACCCAAACACUUGUUCAUUCAUUUUUUUACUAGUAGUUUGUCAGGAAACAUGUGGACAUAUGAGAAGUGUGAUUUUUUAUUUUUUUUUUCCAGGCCUGUAUGCCCGGAAUGAGCUAAAAAUUUUAAUGUUGGAGUUGAAUGAAUGGGUUAAGAAAUGUGGAAGUUGAGCAUAAAAAAACGAGCAUAAUAGGAAGCAUACAUGUCCUUGAGCCUUUACAUAAUAACAAAUCAUAUGGAUGGAGUAUGGGCUUGCGAUUAUUCCAAUGAUCAUAAUAAUUCAUACAUGUUUUACAGAAACAAAAUAAUCAAAGUAUUAUUCAGGUAGCGAUAGUGAAAUACAGAGUGAGUAUUUAAGGUGUUGAAAAUUGGUCAUAGUAAUCAGCUUAUACAAUAACAACAAUUUUGUGAAUAUAAAAAUAUGAAACGCUGGUAUAUAUUGUAUACUGGGUGUGAUCUCUGCUCUCAAAGUUUGGUGCAGGGCAGGAAGAUCACAGAGGCUGAAGGCAAUACCUGAAAUUGCCAUGUUAGGGUAUGCAUUUUCACAUCCUUAAUCUGUCAUUGAUGUCCAUCCUCACUGCUCGGCAGGUUGGGUUUGCAAGGUUAUCACCGGCUGGAGAAAGAAAUUAAUACAUUAAAAAUAUUUGUUUGACAAAAAUAAAUCUCUAAACUUGAACAAAACCUAGUUCAUGUUGUUCAAGAACGGAAAGUACAAAUUAAUGUUAAAGUUGAAAAUGGAUAAUACACAGAUUGAAAUGUUUGGGUGUCUUUUAGAACAGAAGCUGUGCAAGAAACCUUACGUAAAAUAUCUGUAGCGAAAUAGCAAAAAGUAUUGACAUUUUAGGAAAAAACAAACACAUCUUGAAUCAUAAGACAUUACACACACACUGUAUUGUACAUUCUUAUUGCCAUAUAUUAAUUACAGCGUGGACGUCUGGGCAAACACAUACAAGAGCACAUUCUAAAAGUUAUGCAAACUAUGAAAAAAGAGCGCUGGGAAUAAUAAACUGUUAACAAAUGGGGACACACAAAUGUACUGCUUGUAAAAUCACACAUAACUUCUUUGAUCCGAUGAAAUAAAAAACUGGACAAAUAGUCAAGGCUCAAAAUAAUCUACUUCCACCAAAUAUUCCCAAAAUGUUCAAAGAUAGAGAUGGGAAAUAUAAUUUGAGGGGUAAAUUGAGUUUGAAGUAGCCUUGUGUUAACGUGUAUUAGUUUAUGUGGUGACUCUGUGGAAUCAAUUUUACGAAGAAAUCAACCCAGGUAAUACCAUUUCCAUUUUCUACCGCUUGUUCCCUUCUGGGGUCGCGGGGGGCACUGGCGCCUAUCUCAGCUACAAUCGGGCGGAUCAUACAAUUUAAAAAUUUAAAGAACAUGUUUUACGUAGUACAACAAAGAGAAGGAAACAAAUGAUCAUAAAGCUUUUUAAACACAAUGUAUUUGCUAAAAUGAUGACAGGGUUUAUUAUUGUGAGUAUAUGUGGAUGUAGUUUGUAUACUGAAUAUUGUUAUAAAUCAGGUGAUUACCGUAUUUUUCGGAAUAUAGGUCGCAGUUUUUUUUAUAGUUUGGCCAGGGGUGCGACUUAUACUCAGGAGCGACUUAUGUGUGAAAUUAUGAACACAUUACCGUAAAAUAUCAAAUAAUAUUAUUUAGCUCAUUCACAUAAGAGACUAGACGUAUAAGAUUUCAUGGCAUUUAGCGAUUAGGAGUGACAGAUUGUUUGGUAAACGUAUAGCAUGUUCUAUACGUUAUAGUUAUUUGAAUGACUUUUACCAUACUAUGUUACGUUAACAUACCAGGCACGUUCUCAGUUGGUUAUUUUAUGCAUCAUAUAAUGUACACUUAUUCAGCCUGUUGUUCACUAUUCUUUAUUUAUUUUAAAUUGCCUUUCAAAUGUAUCUUUUUGGUGUUGGGUUUUAUCAAAUAAAUUUCUCCCAAAAAUGCGACUUAUA